GGCAAUUAAUUGGUGGCUACUUGUGGUCUUUUCUGGAGGGAGCUUGCAAAUUCUCAAAAACAAUUGCAGCAGAGGCACUCAGCAGAUUUCAAUAUGGAUCGAAUCCUCACAAACCCACUCAGCAGGUUCUCCGUUUUCCUACAUGAUUUCAAGAUUAAACCUUCCAACUUUCCAACAAAGCAGCCGGUGAAUGUGCUGCCGUUUAAGCGGGUUAGAGUAUCCUGCAGCUUGAUAGACAGGGAGAGAGAGAAAGCUGUGGGGCCCAAGAGAGUCGUGAAGGCGCGCGUGAAUGAGAAGGGGAGUUUGGGAGAAGUUGGGAGAGGCGAUGAGGGUGGGGACGAAGAAGUGGAUUUCGAUCGGAAUUGGCCACCAUGGGAGAAGCUCCCUCAAAGAUAUAAGCUCAUUGGGACUACGUCUCUGGCCUUUGUCGUUUGCAACAUGGAUAAGGUCAAUUUAAGUGUUGCUAUAAUUCCGAUGUCGCAUCAAUAUGGCUGGAAUGCUUCUACAGCUGGAUUGGUGCAAUCAUCAUUCUUCUGGGGUUACGCUCUUAGUCAGUUGCCUGGAGGUUGGUUAGCGAAAGUGUUUGGUGGGAGCAAAGUUCUUGAAGUGGGAGUCUUGAUCUGGUCAUUGGCCACAGCUAUUGUCCCGGUUCUUGCUGGAUUUAUGCCUGGACUUGUGUUCUCCAGGAUAUUGGUAGGGAUAGGAGAAGGUGUUUCACCAUCAGCAGCCACUGAUAUGAUUGCUAGGUCAAUCCCAAUAGAAGAGCGUUCACGUGCAGUAUCAUUUGUUUUUGGUGGACUGAGCGUUGGAAGUGUCUUGGGGCUUCUUUUGGCUCCUUCGCUAAUUGAACAUUAUGGAUGGGAAUCUGUAUUUUACAUUUUUGGCUCCUUGGGUAUUGCCUGGUAUUCUGGUUUUCAGAUCAUUAAAGAAGAUCGACCAUCAUCUAAAGCGGUUGACCUGUCAUGGCAGCUAAAUGAUCAUAUGAAUGAGUUGCAGAGUUCCUCUAUUAAAGAGCUGACCGGCUCACUGAGGGAUGUACCUUGGAAGGAGUUUUUCAAGUCUAAGGCUGUGUGGGCAAUGAUCUAUGCUCACUUCUGUGGGAGUUGGGGUCACUAUACAUGUUUGUCUUGGCUUCCUACAUAUUUCAGUGAGGAGCUGAACCUUGAUCUUACAGAAGCUGCGUGGGUCUCAAUUCUUCCUCCACUAGCUGCAAUCUUCGUCACCAGCUUUGCUUCUCAAUUUGCUGACAGCUUAAUCGCCAAAGGUGUUGAAACUACAGUGGUGCGGAAAAUUUGCCAAUCAAUUUCAUUCAUGUCUCCUGCAACUUGUAUGAUUCUUUCCUCUGUGGACUUAGGACUGAGUCCAUGGGAAGUUGUAGCAAUACUUACAGGAGGUCUAGCACUAUCAAGCUUUUCCCUAUCUGGACUCUACUGUACCCAUCAAGACAUGUCACCUGAAUAUGCAAGUGUCCUUUUGGGCAUUACUAACACUAUUGGAGCAAUACCAGGAAUUGUUGGAGUUGCUCUUACCGGCUACCUUCUUGACUCGACUCACUCAUGGGGGAUAUCGCUGUUUGCUCCGUCAGUCUUCUUCUACCUCACAGGUACGGUCACAUGGUUGACAUUUGCCAGCAGUAAACCACAAAAUUUCUCCAAGAGAGACUGAGAAAACUAAACCUCAUUAGUUUAGGCCUUUGAACAUGAAUUCUUCAAUUUAUUUUUUUUUCGUUGGCCGGGUAUGAUCGGGUGCGGUGGCAGAAUUUUUUCAUCAUAACAGCGUUAGAAUUGAUUUGUAUAGAUAUCAUGUAUUACACAGAUAGCCUUGGGCUGUUACCAGAGUAGCUAUAUUUCUUCCUGAGCUGUAUGUAAAUGUAAGAAUAUUGAAAAUAAGUGAACAAUACUACAUUGAUGGGCAAGAAAUAGUUUUUGUUUUGCGGUAUUGGAUUUUUAGUCGAGAUUUGAAUAGUAAAAAAUUUGAAUUUA